AUGUGGUUGCAGCUCGCUUACAACGGCUCAGCCUGGACAAUGACCACAGCUAUGGGAGCAGUGGCUUCCCCAAAACAUUACCCCAACCGUGGGCUGCACACAAAGACGUCAGGUAUAGUACCUACUCCCUCCAUUUCUGUUUAUCUGUAUCAUGAUCCACCGCCUCUCGCCCUGUCUGUGUGCCUGGGUCCCUGCUUCUCGUGCUGUCUGUGUGCCUGGGUCCCUGCCUCUCGUGCUGUCUGGGGGCCUCUGUCCCUGCCUCUCGUGCUGUCUGGGGGCCUGGGUCCCUGCCUCUCGUGCUGUCUGGGGCCUGGGUCCCUGCCUCUCGUGCUGUCUGGGGGCCUCUGUCCCUGCCUCUCGUGCUGUCUGGGGGCCUCUGUCCCUGCCUCUCGUGCUGUCUGGGGGCCUGGGUCCCUGCCUCUCGUGCUGUCUGGGGGCCUGGGUCCCUGCCUCUCGUGCUUUCUGGGGGCCUGGGUCCCGCCUUGUCAUUGUUGUUUUGAUUUCUUCGUUCCCCCUUUCUGUCCCCAUAGAUCCUCAACCAGGGAAACAGAUGAUGAUGAUGAUGGUGACGGUGCUGUGAUUGUGGAUGCCGGAGAAUUCUGCAUGUCCAGUUCUAAAGUUCUCAGUGUCUGCCCUCUACUGGAGGAAAGCCUGCGUGACAGCCGUCCAGGAAACAUCCUCCCUGAGAGACUCCUGCACUCUCUGUAAGGAAAUGUGUGCCAGCCCGGCGUAAUAUGCACCCCGUGUGCCAGCCCGGGGUAAUAUGCACCCCGUGUGCCAGCCCGGCGUAAUAUGCACCCCGUGUGCCAGCCCGGCGUAUUAUACACACCAUAUAUGCAUUUACAUAAUGUACCAACGUUCAAUAGACCAAGAUCAGACCAGCACUUGGCUGCAAUUAGCAUCUGUUUGAAACUGUUUUUUAGUGUAUUUCUAACUCUGUUACUCCGUCUUCCCCAGAUCCUCCCCCUGCAUGGAUCUGGUUCUCUGGUCUCCACCAACCAGUCAGAUCCAGAAGCUUCUCCGAUCUCUGACAGGUCUGUUAGACUCUUCCCAAGAGAAACCAUCUCCAGCUACCCACCCUAUCUGGGUAGCUCGUGAGCAUGUGGACAAUAUGGAACUGUGA